UCAUUCAUAUUCAUGCGCAUGGGAGGGAAUCGGUGGGGGCUGGGGAUCUUACUUGUGGAAACUGGAAAACAAAAUUCGGAUCGAUCAAUACACACACUGAAGAGAAAGGAAACUCCAGAAUUAGGUCUUAUCUCUUUCGCCCCAAUUCGUGUCCUCGUCUGAAUUCGUGUUUUUAAAGCUGAAAUUGUACCUGAACUAGGGGUAUCGAUUGCCCACAAGCUACGCGAGCCAAUUCAUGAAAUCCGGGAGUGUCGUCCGGCAUUCAAAUGCAGGGCAGUUUCAAGAUCCAACUUAUAAACAUGGGGACUCGAGCGGCGGCCUAGGUGUCGUAAAGGGGAAGGCUUCAUUGCGUAGUCAAAGCUUUUUGUGUGUCCCCUAAUGCAGCUGCAGACGUGCGAUAACAUGCAGCUUCUCUUGGAGCCGCUCAAUCAGAAAGUUACGGCAAAGAUACGCAGUCUGUAUGACUGCCAGCUGCGGCUGAUGCACAACAUUCAGCCACUGCCAUCUGGUACAGACAUCGCCAACACUGUCAAAUACUUCUCACAAACUCUUCUCAGUGUUCUAAAGGAUGUGCCAAGGUCGCCGCUCGAGAUGCUACGGGAUGCUGACAACGACGCAGACAGGAUGACACUUUACCCCAAUCUUGAUUACAAGAGUCUCUUCAAUGCUAUAUCCCAACUAGUUGACUCUGCUCCACAUUUGCAAUAUGGAAUCCAAGCUUUUGGGCAAGCGGUACUCCAAUGCCUCGGGUGCUUACUGCCAUUUCUAGACCAUGACAUUAUUGACAACCUGCCUUACCUCGUGGCAUACUGUGUGGCUGUGUUUCCGGUGUCCCUGCAUCAAGAGAUCUUACAUCUGCUCUGUUAUUAUAUAUUGCCAUUCACCAUAACUAGAAGAUACUCUGGUCAAGAAGAAGAAAGCCAAGCCUCUCAAUCUGUUGCUGCCAUUGUUAUGAUGGUAUUUCAGCAUUCAAAAAAUCCAGCUCAUCACUGCCAACUGUUGGAAUGCCUUAUGUCAAUGAAGCAAUCAGUAGUGAAAGAUAUUUUGUGUGUGAUCGCGUAUGGGACAUGGGGUGCGCGCCUGUCCGCUGCCAAGCUGUUGUUCUACUACUGGCCUCCCUUCGAUGCCAAGCUGUUCGACAGAAAAGGGCUUUUAUGCAAGUUUUCUAAUGAUUUGGUACCUUUUUUGUGCCAACGAGAUAUGUGCCCGAAUGCUGGGUCUGCAGAAGCCGCCAAAGUGUGUUACGACCACUGCAUUAGUGUCACCUUCGCCUCCGACAGUCCCCCGCCUCUCUACCUCUGUAUUGAAUGUGCUAAUGAAAUACACAGGGAACACCCUAACCAACGAUUCUUCGACAUAUUGCAUCCUCAACAACAAGUUUCUAUGGUGUGUGAAAAUAAGAAUUGUCGAUCUAGCGAUAAGUCAGCGUAUUCUAUUUGUUUUUCAAAUGAAUGCGCUAGCUAUAACGGGAAUCAUCCAAUAAGAUACUGCCAACAAUGCCAUGGGAAUCGGCAUAACAGUAGGCGAGGAGGCGACCACGUGGUGCACACGCGACUGCCUCAAGCUUGGCAGAUGGACAGCGAUAUGCAAACUAACCUCGUUGAAGCAAUUAUUAGCCUUUUAAAAGAAGCAAAACCAAUUAAUAUGGAAGAUCCUGACAGUGCCUUUGAACAAAUGAAACCCCCCUUAAAUAUUAAUCUACCUGAUCCCAUAUCUGUUGAAGACAGACAGCUUCUUGGAAGAUAUGGGGUGUGGCUGAUGGUUGGACUUUGUACACCCAAUCCUGAUACACCAGAUGAAGUACUUGGCAGACUAUUGUCUGUCCUAUUUCAUUGGUUCCAUGUAACAUCGUUCUCAUAUACAGGAGAAACAGCAAAUAUUGUAGAGAAACUAAAAAUGGAACAUGUUUGUGGCUGGCUCAGAAACAUUGCUGAAACUCAUCGGUCAGUGUUAGUGUCUUGCCUGCUGCCUCACCCGCCGCACUACACGAGGCAAGCCGGCCACUGGGACAACUUGGCCUCUAAAACACAUCAUCUAAGAGACGGAUUGAAUCGUUUGUAUUGCCUGAUUCCUUAUGGCAUCAUUACUCAGUCUAUUUGGGAUUUCAUCAUGCCUGCAUGGAUGGAAGCCAUAUGUUCGGAUACACCUGAAAAGAUUAUGGAACUGAAGGUGGCCGUGGCCAAGAUAUUGGAGCCAGAUGGCACCAUGGUUGGAGUGGAUGAAAGAAAUCUUUACAACUUUGCCGUAAUGAAAGUCAAAGAGCACCCAAAACCAGAAACUGUUUUGCCUGUGCUAGAGUGGUUCCAGACUAUAUCUAUGCUUGAUGUGAAAAUUCCUCUAUCGCAGUUGUUUGAUUUAUUCAGCUACUGCGUUGUCAAAAUGCCCGAGAAGAUUUUCAAACCGCCACCAGAGGGAGCGAAGCCAAAAGAAAUUGUUGCGGCGUCGCCGAAUUCACCAGAGACGUCUAAAGAUAAAAGUGACGAUAAAAGUGACGACCAAAUGAAACCGCAUAAUUUAACCUGCUGUAUACUUAUGCUGGACAUACUGCUGAAACAGAUGGAACUACAACAACGUCGUAUGAAUAUUCAAAACGUGAGUAGCGAGGCCACGAAACUCCUCCGUUUGAUGCUGAAGUCUAAUCAGAAGAAUACUAUUGAACAUGCUGUUUGUCUGGCGGAAGGUGCUUGUGCGUAUUGCGAAGCAGCAGCGUUAUGGCACCAACUGGCUGUUCUUUUGGUCAGGUCACUGGUGCCUGACAAACCCAAGCCCCAACCUGAGAUGUCUUCGGAGGAUAUGUGGUCGGACUCACAGGCCAAGAAGGCGCAGGCCGAGGAGGAGCGAAAGUCUGGCGGCACUCCGGCCACAUCGGUCGACGCGCUCAUGUCCAUCGCGCACCCGCUCGGAGAUAAGGGAUCCGUUGGAGGGGUACUGGUGCAUAUGCCACAUUUUGUUCAUUUCAUGCAACUGUCACUCAUAAGCGACGUCGGUUCGGACGCCACUCUGACGAAAUCGUCAGGCGAUACGCAAAUAAUGACGGCGACGGUGGAGACGAUCACGGAGCAGCUGGACAUGGCGGUGUCGCUGCCAUCGGCGGACGCGCCUGCCCUGGCCACUGCGCAGACCAUCACGCUCACCGACACUGACGUCGCCACCGCCACCGCUGCUGUGUCAACUCCAAACCUGGUGGGCGAGCACGAGGUGACUGGCGAGUCUGUGGAAGACGACAUGAGUAAUUUCUGGCCAACGUCUGCUGGCAAGUUCCACUUCAGUAUAGAAGAGUUGCCGCAAGAGCUUCAGUACAUACAUCAGUUGUUACAGGAACUAAAAAGCACCUCGCGACCUGACGUUCUCUACCACCUACUCCAGUGCCUGCAAGUGUUGGUGUUGAAUGCCGACGCAUUGUCCGAUCAUAGAGGUUUCCUGAUUUGGUGCCAAGAGAACUUGUUGAUAGACAAUCUAUGGAGCGUGUGCGACGCAUCUCACUCGCACAUCUGCUCAGUGGCGGUGCCGAUCUUGCUGCACUGUGUGACGCUGGCGGGCGGCGCGGACGUGUUCUGCGCACUCAUCCGUGACCAGUUCCACCACCGCGACCACCGCGUACGCUUCGCAGCGGUUGAGAGGGUCACUGUUAUCAUCAGGUUCAUGGACGGGUCCCCCUUGAAGACAAGCCUGCCCUUGCAGACGGCCCUGGCGACUGCGUUCUGCUACCUCAUCUCGAGCAUGGACGAUAUUAACGUCUACGUGGCGCAACGAGCUACGCUGUAUAUCGGCACGAUACACGAUAACGCUAUUGAGUUGUUACUGUACUGUCUGGAGACUCAGUUCGACCUGGUGAUAGUCGAUCGGCCGAUGGUUCUGCAGUCGAUAUACCAACUGCACAACACGCUGAGUGACCGCAAGAUCCUCACAUGGAGGUUUUUCCUCAACCGCUUUGAAGCUCUUUUCUUAGAAGCACAGAUUAAUUCUAACAAGGCCAUCGAUUUCACAAACUUACGUGAGCUGGUAAGCAGCGAGACAAGCUCGGAAUGGUUCAUAUACAAAGUGCGACGUGCACACGAAGCGUUGAGUGUGUCUGCAAAAGACUCGAAUGUGAACACUUUGAGUGCCUCGUUUGGAACGAAGUGGCCGUACAAACGAACCAUUUCUGCGCCUGCUACUAUGCCGCCACAUCCUGACACUAGACAUGAGCGCGAGAAAGUGUACUCCAGACAAUAUUCGGCCCCGCUCUUGAAACGUAAGACGUCUCGAUUCGGGCUCGGACAACUGCUAGCAGCGCCGCAACCACUUGGCUCUUCCACGAGAUCUAGCAACCCACACGAAGGCUUCCAUUCUCUAUCCCGGUUUUCUGAUGACACUCCGACGACGGUGCUGCCUAAAGCCGUGGACCUUGAGGAGGCAGAUCGAGAAACUACCAACCUGCUUGUGUUUCUGCUCAUGCAAUUCCUUUCUAGGUCUGAUCAAGCUUAUCCAGCCGAAGACAAGCAGUCGUCAAAGACUCAGGAAUUAGUUUUGAGACACCUAUUUUUAUUGUUAGGAUACAAUUCUAACGAGAAAUACUUUCAAAUAUCACCCUAUAGUCUUAGACAAUCGUCUAUAUUCAAUGCGUUCAUUGCUAACUUACCACAAUUCUUGGAUCAGAAUCAUAUUAUGGGUGCAAGCGUUGCAGAACAGACGUUUUUACUUAUGCAGCACUGCUGUGGCCCGUCGUCCGGUGGAUCAGCGUAUACUGCCACUAACUCCUUGGCUGCGCUCGAACCACACGUGAGAAGACAUUGGCUCAUGGCGCUCUUAGUUGUUCUAUACAAAUACCACUACAGCACGGGUACGAUGUGCAGUCAAGUGCAGGCCCUGGUUCGCAUAGUCCUCAACACGGUGGAAGCUCAGUACCAUCAAUGCAAGCGCAUCCCGCCCAUGAUUGUCAUGCCCCAAGCUCGCGCUAGAGGUAACAUUGUUUCUUUCGGUCUAGACCUGAGCCAACCGUCAGUAAAGACAACAGAGCACGACGCACCGCCCACGACGUUGGCAGAUAGACCAUCCACCAGCCCACAACCAUCUACGAGCAAGGCCAAGAUGCCGCAGAAAUCACCCGGACACAUGCCCACGCACUGGGAACAACCUACUAAGAGCACCAAAUAUCAGCAAUGGAGUUUGGAUCAAGAAUCUUCAGAGAGCGAGCUGAUAGCUAUUCCCGAGACCAGCGACAAAUCAGACACUACUGUUCAUGGCAGUACGGCGCCCGGUUCAUUCGACGAACCGUCUCAUUACGAGGAUCCUCCUAAAGUGGAAACCCCUGCAGCUUCCACGUCUCAUGCGCCACUCAAUAAAAUUGCAGCUAUCGGUUCCCGGUCGGCACAUCAGUUAUCCACCAGUUCGUCUGUGUCCGUUGGCAGCGACUCCUCCAACUUGAAAUCGACCCCGAUGAGUGGUCAUUCAGUAGAAAUUUGGCCAGACCAGUUACAUGGACAUGCGCAUGGACAAGCAUCGCCCCGAGUUAAAAUUCUUGGCAAACAGAAGAGAAUAAUAGUAGGGAGCAGUACUUCUCCAGACACGGCUCCAUCUUCAAACGGAGACGGGGCGGCGGGACCCUGGGCGCCACUCAGCAAGUCUCCACCUCUGCAUUACAUCAAGAGUCCAGUAAGAACCGGUUAUGCAUACGCGUCGCCUGAAUCGCCGCUGUCCAAAAUGGAGGUUGCGUUCACGGCGCCUACGCCGGUCCACGCGCCUACGCAGAUACAGCCCUUUAACAUCCCACCUCCUGAGAGAUUGCUACCCAUCGGCCCUAAACCCAACAAAGAACAAUAUCCGGUAUUCAACGCUCUAGUAGACCGUGUGCGGGAAGCUCUAAGCUUGCCACCAGAUGACUCCACCGAUAAAACAGACUCAAGUAAAUCUGAACCAGAACCUUCUCCAACACCAAAAAGUCGGCCGCAGGAGUUCAAGAAGUUUUUGUCAGAGGGUAGCAGGUCUCGAGGUACUUCACCACGUCGACUCGCGCGGCAGGCGGCUCAGUUGGGCUCGCCGCCGACGCCGGCGCCCUGUGCUGCGGUAGAGUCUACCAGUGCUCGUGCGCACAAUACUGCAGUGAACUUUAUUAUAGAGAGCGCUUGCGAUCCCGCCGGUAGCUGGUGGGACGACGACACAAGACAAGCACAUCGCGCCGCGCAUGCGUGCGCCGCGCCUCGCCCCGACACCACCAUGUGCUAUCGUUGUGCUGAAUGCGGUACUGCGGUGGAACAGUACAGCGACGAAGAGCUCGGGCUGAGUAUCAUAGUGCUGGCAACAUUUGUGCACCGGGAGCCGGCGGCUGCUGCUGCCAUGUUACCGGCUCUACUGCACAAUGUCAGCAGGGUGGUGCAACUGGGCAACUACUCGUGGCAAGCCGAGACCAACACGCGCCUGCCUGGCAGCGCGGUGUUCGUGGCGCACCAGUUCCUGCGCACCGUGUUACACCAACUCGCUCCCAACAACGUCUUCCUACAGAUGUUCCUGCAGCGAACUCCUGAGAAGCAACGGCUGAUAUUUUUCAAGAGCAUAGCGCAAGCUUUUGUUGAUUUCAAUGAGUUGUACCCCUGUGGACCGCUGCAAUUAGUUGUAGAACAUCUGAAUUCUAAGAAAACCUUGUCUAUCGAACAAAUCCCGGUAAUUUCUGGCAACAUGGCGAUGUACUUGGAGUGUCUUGCGCCGGAAGCGUUGGGCCCGCACAGCGCAUGCGCAGCGCUGUUGCAGCAAAUGGAGGCUCUGUUCCGAAGCAUCUCCCUUCAGUUGCCGCAGUUGGACGAUGUGCUUCCACUCCUGAGGGCUGCCACCGCUGUCUUGAAGAUACCUCACGCUGAAAAGCAUAAGAGUAUACUCGAACCAAUAUCAAAGAUCAUCAGCUAUGGGAUCCAGAAUUUCGUGCUGAAGCUCUCUGUGAUAUCUGAACUGAGUGUAGUAUGCGUGCGCGUGUUCAGCCGAGACCGUGACAAGUUGCUCGUCUGCCGCGUGCUCGUCUAUGAGCUCGUACAAGCGCUGCGUACUAAAACGACCAUCCCCGAUGAUAAUCUCUUCAUACUGAUACAGUUCGUGCUUCAAGGCCAUGGCUGCACGUUGCUACUUCCUCCGCAACUAAACACCGGUGACUUGCUGACGCCCGGGCCGAGCGGUUCGGAGGCGAGGGAGUUGGGCAGCGGCGCCGUCGACUGCAUGCGUCCACACCUGUCUGACAUGAUCGAACUGCUGCAAGACCCGCACUUGCUUAACAAAAUCAAGGGUUCAGUGUCGAAGUCAAUAGUGAAUCGCAACCUGAUCUGCCUGAAUGAAGAUACACUGGGAGCGAUUGUCAAGGGUGGGAUUGCGCAGUAUGUGGCAGUGGAACUGGCACUCGAGCUGUGUCGCGGCAAGCAAGGAACCGGCCAGGCGGGAAGAAACGUCAUGUGCAGCGUCACUGCCUCUAUACUAGGGUCGCGGGAGGUGUCGGAGUGCGUGACGCGGGUACGGUUGAUCUCGUGGCUGGUGAUGGGCGCGCUGUGCAACUCUCGCGGCGUGCAGCCGCUACAGCAGCCGGUGCCGCAGGACGCCACUUGCCAUAUCACCGAUCAUAUUCAGACGAUAAUGUCCUCGUACGUGGAGCAGUCUAAGCCGGCGGCGCAGCGCAUGAACGCGCUCUUCCACGCGUUCAUCCUCUGUCAGCUGUGGACGCUAUACCUAGAAGAGUUGGCCAACGGAACCACGCCCAGCAGCGAACCACACAACACCACCGUCUGCAUACUACUCGACUUCUGGUGCAAACUGGUGCCCAGUAUACUGCAAGUCACUGUUCAAUCUAAAGUUUUGGCUGAAACAGUAAACUUACAUUUCCUGAGUCUUCUGGAAUCGCUUCUGGAAUGCAAUUCGACCGUCCUCAGCAAGCUGUUGCCUCUGUGGACACCUAUACUGCAUUCCCCAAUAUUCAACAUGCCGCGUCACGUAUCGCAGAGAUUGGACGCGUGUCGAGAGGUAAUGCCGGAGGGGGUGCGCUCUUACCCGGGCGCAAGCAAUAUGAGCGCGGGAGUGACUGCCGGCGUCGACAGCACGGGCAAAACGGCGCGCGCGCACCGCCGCCUGCACCGCCUCCUCGCCAAGAUGGCGCAGCUUGAACUACAACCACAGAGCUUCUACUUCAUAUAGAGUUCACUUCCACGACGGCACUUUCCGUGAUAAUAUUAAAGGCUUGAACUUACAAACAGGGUGCUAGUGACACCUAGUGACACCUGACAAAUAGUCAGAAUUUCAUAAAUUAUCUUUCACCUAGGAUACUACCCAAUUAUUCUUGUGUGAAAUGUACAACUUAUAACCUCUACCAGCGAGAAAAGUUUUAUAUAGGUUAUAGCUACAUAAGUAGUAGCAUUACAAACCUGUUAGUUGGGGUAAUCAGAGGUACACAUCCAUCGCAAGAUGAACAAAAAAAGAUAAAAAUAAUUUGAAUAAAUGCCACACGCAAUCCGCAAAUUAAACGCGGAGUUUACAUUUGUGCUGAAGUAGUGAAAAAAGUUAAGAUAGUUUUAAUGUAACAGCUUAGUGAGAAAACCGCUGCCAAUGGAUGAGAGUAAGAGAAUUAGGUUUAACGUUUUUCGCUGUAUGGUACAGUCAUGAGCAAUAUAAUGUACCCACUUUAGGACUCU